AUGCCCCAGCAAGACUUCAAGGACAGCUUCCAGGUGUUUAGCGUGCUCCUCCAAGGACAUAUUCGGCACGCUACCACCAACCUCGGGAAGAGGAUAAGCUUAGUCGAUGUGUGUUUUGGGAGCAACAACUUCUCCGGUGAGCUGCUGCAGAGACUAUGCGAUGGCCUCGCGCUGCAGAACUUUGCGGCAAACCAUAACAACUUCAGUGGAAGACUGCCCCCAUGCCUCAAGAACUGCAUGAAGCUGUUCCAGCUGCUGCUGGAAAGGAACCAGUUCACCGGCGACAUCUCGGAGGCAUUCGGUGUCCACCCCAGCUUGGACUACCUGGAUAUAUCGGGGAAUCAGCUGAUGGGGAAGUUGUCGUCUGACUGGUCAGAGUGCAUCAAUCUUUCACGCUUAUCCAUGAGCGGUAAUCAAAUAUGGGGCAAUAUUGAUGCAACCUUCUGUGGGUUGAACUCUCUCCAGUAUGUGGAUCUAUCAAAUAACCAAUUCACUGGGAGCUCCCAAGUUGCUGGUGGAAAUUAAACAUCUGUUGUUUAUGGACGUGUCCAACAAUAGCUUCUGGGGUGAACUUCCUAUAUCAACAAAC